AUGGGAUGGAGUGUAUGUCGUCUUCUUGUCUUUUCUCUCCUCUCCCUGCGAUAUCCCCCUCUCGCCUUCCUACACAACUCCAUAUUUUACCAUCUUUCACGACUGCUCAGCUCACCGUUCAAAAAACCCGCUAGCACGCCCCAUACUCUAAUCGACAAGAAGAGGCGUAUGCUCGUCAUACUCGUUGGAAGACCCAACGAUUCCAGUUGGAUGCAAGACGUCAUCGACCCUGCGUCCGCCCUUCUCGAGGAGACUCGUCUGGAGGGCGAUGCGUGCGAUGCGUGGACGGAGAAGCAGGGCGAUGCUCGCAGGGGGGACUUCGUGGCGAUGACGGCGGGCCUUUCGUACGGAGGCGGCCAAGAGCAUCCCGCCAUUCUUAAGGCGGACAAGGCGUGUCAGGUCCCGUAUGUAGGGAGGCUCCUACGGAGUAAACCCUUCCGUCGCAUGGCCGGUUUUUCUAAUUCUGCUUUCCAUACGUACGCCCCCAAGAUGCAUAGAUAUUACGCCACCGAGCUCGAAGCCUUGUACAAACACGACCCCGCCUGCAAGCCGCCCUUCCCGAACUGCGUCUGGCCCGCCUGUACCUUCAACAUCGGACCCCGCUGCUGCUCUCGUGGUCACUGCGACUCCCAGAACAUUCCCCAGGGCUGGUGCGCUGUAUGGGCGUUGGGAGACUACGACCCCAGGUCCGGCGGCCAUCUUGUUCUCGAAGAAUUCAACCUCGUCAUCGAAUUCCCCCCCGGCUCCCUCAUCCUCAUUCCCUCCAGUACAAUUCGUCACGGCAAUACCCCCGUACGCGAGCACGAACAUCGCUACUCGUUCACCCAAUAUUGCGCAGGAGGCCUGAUGCGGUGGAUCCAUCACGGUUUCGUCCCCGAAUGGAGCCUGACGGAUUCGACCCGAAAGGAGGCGUACGGGAAGAAGGGUGAGCGUUGGACGGAGGCGUUAGGGAUGUAUUCGGUGCUCGAGGAGCUCACAGACGAUCAUCGCGGCUGUUGUGGGGUUCGUAAGGAUGAGGUGUCGGAGGAGGGUGGCGAGUAG